CUCUCACUUGGUGUUUGUUGAUGAUUUAAUGCUCUUCUCUCGAGGUGAUUCCACAUAUGUAAGGUACUUAAUGGAAUGUUUAAAUAGGUUUUCCUGCUGCUCGGGACUUGCAGUCAAUUUUCAGAAAUUUGAUAUACACCGGUCUGGUAUAAAGGCUCAAGAGAUGGAAAGCAUCAUGACUCUAACAGGAAUGAAUCUGGGGGAGUUCCCCUUCAGGUAUCUGGGCAUUCCCUUAUUAUCUUCAAGACUAAAUGCAGGUCACUAUGGCCCCUUGAUCAAUCGAAUUUCUGGCCCGUUUAAGGUGUGGCCUGGACGCACACUGUCUUAUGCUGGAAAAUUAGAAAUCAUUAAUUCAAUUAUUCAAGGGGUGGAAUGUUUUUGGCUUGCUAUUUUCCCCAUCCCCUUGAAUGUCUUGAAUCAGAUCAUCAAACUGUGUAGAGUGUUCCUGUGGGGGGGGGGGGGGGGAGAAGGAAGAAGCCAUUAGUGGCUUGGAGAGAAAUCUGCCUUCCAAAAUCUGAGGGAGGUCUUGGAGUCUUCGAUCUAAACACAUGGAAUAUGGCCUUGUUAACCAAGACAUUGUGGAAUAUUCAUUCCAAAAAAGAUGCAUUAUGGUCACGGUGGAUCCAUCAUGUCUACUUAACUGAAUCAGGCAUUUGGGAAGCUGCAGCAAGUCAGAACGACUCUCCACUCUUUAAAAAAUUGAUUGUCAUUAGGGAUCAGAUUGUAGACAAAUGUGGUGGAGUAGAUGCAGCUAUUGAAAUGUUAAAGGGAUGGGAGAACAACUGGCACCAGUGCUAUGAAUUCUGGAGGAAUAAAAACCAUAGAAUGUCGUGGGCAAAGGAGGUAUGGUACAGUGGGAACCUUCCAAAACAUGCGUUCUGCUUAUGGCUUGGCUUGAAAGGGAAACUCCCAACAUGUGAUAAAAUAGUUGCUAAGGGAAUAGAGCAGGUCUGUGUAUUUUGUAAGGCUAGCACUGAAACAUUGGAGCACUUGUUUUUUAAAUGCAAAUAUUCUGCAGAAGUAUGGAAUAAUGUCAGAAGGUGGUUGGGGCUAAAAAGAUCUAUGAUUACCAUCAAAGCUGCAACUAAAUGGUUGCACAAAGAAGUUCAAGGGAAAUGGUAUACACUCUAUAGCAAAGAAAAUUGGGUUGGCAGCGACAGUUUAUUUCCUGUGGCAGUUUAGGAACAGGAGUAGAUUUGAAAAUCAUGUCAUAACCCUAUGGAGAUUGUUAGUGUGAUUCAAAGACAUACUUACAGGGCAAUAUAUGAUAAAUUUGAAUUGUAUGAUUUUGAUUAUCUGGUGUAGACUUGAUAUAUGGAAUUUUGUAUUGUACUUGAAGCUCCAGAACUGGCCAUCUUGGCCCCUGGGAAUGCCCAGGUAUUAUUGUAAAUAGCAGGAUGCCUCUUAAUUGUUUU